CAGCAGUUUUGAUUGCAGUUCGAAGCGGGCUUUUUGCAAAAUAGACAGCUUCCCCGGAAAAAAUAUCCGUAAAAAGUUGUCCGUAUAAAAUGGAGACGCGGUUCAAAUAAUCGGUUCAGUACGCGAAUUUACUCGACAGUGCAACAGUGUAUUGGCUAACAAAGCUUAGCAAACGCAAAAUACAACUUUAUCUGCAGUUUAAAUUAUUCUCUAGUAGGUACGCAACGUGUUACGUAUUUGAAAUUUUACUAAAAGUAUUCGAAGGGAGAACAGGCGGCAACGCAGCGACCCGAGGUUAUAAAAUAAAAACGAAGUCUGUUCGUCGGUCUCUUUUCCACAGUAACUAAACGAGGUACGAACUCGAAAAUAGUGUUGUUGAGUGCUCAUAGUACGACAAGGUUCAAAAUGCCAGAAACUUUGACAAAUGGAUACACCAACGGGCACAUGCCGUACGACAUGGAAAACGGAAGUGACUUCCUCUUCACAUCGGAAUCAGUGGGAGAAGGACACCCCGACAAAAUGUGCGAUCAAAUCAGUGACGCUAUCCUAGAUGCCCAUUUAAUACAAGACCCAGACGCAAAAGUUGCUUGUGAAACUGUAACAAAAACAGGAAUGAUUCUACUAUGUGGAGAAAUAACCUCAAAAGCCGUAGUGGAUUACCAAAAAGUUGUUCGUGAAACAGUGAAACACAUUGGUUACGAUGAUUCUUCAAAAGGGUUUGACUGGAGAACACUUAACCUACUUGUGGCACUCGAACAGCAGUCCCCAAAUAUUGCAAAUGGCGUACACGAAAACAGAGGAGACCUCGAUGUGGGGGCGGGUGAUCAGGGUCUGAUGUUUGGUUAUGCCACAGAUGAAACAGAAGAAUGUAUGCCAUUGACAGUUGUUCUUGCGCACAGACUUAACCACAAAAUUGCCGAUUUGAGGCGGUCGGGUGAAUUCUGGUGGGCCAGACCAGAUUCCAAAACACAGGUUACUGCCGAAUACACAUUUAACCAUGGCGCCUGCAUUCCACAAAGGAUACACACAAUCGUCGUGUCGGUUCAACACAGCGAAAAAAUCAGUUUAGAAGAAUUAAGAACAGAAAUUAGAGAAAAAGUUAUUAAAGAAGUCAUCCCUGCGCAAUAUUUGGACGAGCAAACCGUCGUACACAUCAACCCAUGCGGUUUAUUCAUCAUUGGAGGUCCACAGAGCGAUGCCGGUCUCACCGGUCGCAAAAUCAUCGUGGACACUUACGGGGGCUGGGGGGCUCACGGGGGCGGCGCCUUCUCCGGCAAGGACUUCACUAAGGUGGACAGGUCGGCCGCGUACGCCGCGCGAUGGGUCGCCAAGUCGCUCGUCAAGGCCGGCCUGUGCCGGCGCUGCCUGGUCCAAGUGGCCUACGCCAUCGGCGUUGCCGAACCGCUCUCGAUCACCGUGUUCGACUACGGAACGUCGAAGUUGUCGCAGAAGGAGCUGCUGGCCGUCGUCAAGACCAACUUCGACCUGAGGCCCGGCAAAAUUGUCAAAGAAUUGAACCUGAGACAGCCCAUCUACCAGAAAACCAGCACGUACGGCCACUUCGGCAGAGACGGAUUUUCCUGGGAGAAACCAAAGGUCCUUACCAUCCCCAACCACAAAAACUGACAACUUAGCCCACACGCAACCACCGACACAUCAUCACCCUGAAAAAUUUACCCCUCAUCUUUUUUUAUCUGUUGUAGCUCUCCCUGUUUCUUGUAGAUAGCAAAAACAAACAAACGCGUAUGUAAUACCGAACCCUGUGGCACUCUGAACCUUGCGUCAGCACCCGAUUCGCUCCCUCAGACGUUUUAUUUUAGAAUUUUGACGUUUUCUCCUUUGGAUAGUCUUCUUGAUAGGCUGUCAGAAAGUGACGUUUGAGGUUAGAACUUUGACGUUUGUCG